GGCAUAGUGUGAACAGUUGGUCACCCUAUUCAGGGUUGCAGUGAGUAAUGUAACGUCACAUGAAAUGCUAUGAAAAAUCAUAUUUUGUUUACUUUUUGCUAAACAAUCAAAACCUUUAAGCAAAUCGCGGCACCAAUUGAAUGAAAAUCUAUUUUUACAUCUCUUUUAUCGAUUUGUUUGCGACAUCUCUUUGAGCGCCGAUCCCAACCAUCCCUUAAGACAUCGCCUCACAGAUGGAAAUACACGCCGAGUGUUGACCACAAACAGACAUUUUAUGAUCACUUGUUUGGACUCAAUUGGCGUUUCGUUUGUUUGACAUUUUAGUCGCCAAUCAAUUGAAUCGCGUCUUCAGCGCUCAAUUGAAGCCACAAAUCGUCGCAAUCGGCGAAGACAUCCGCGAAGACAAUCACCGGAAGACAUCGUAAGCGCCGCCGAAGAGCGAAGACAUGUCAGAAACGGUGCGAUUCGUGGCGUCGGCCGGCAAUCGAGGGAACGGCGACCCGAAUGAGGCGCCGGCGGCCGAAGAGAUGCACGAAUUCAUAACAUUUCAGCGCCAACUGUCCCGUCCGACGGACCACUACCGGCCCAACCGGUUGGUGCCCGGAGAGGGCAACCCAUACGCGCCGCCCCCGAAGGCCAGCCACACAUCGCACACCUAUUUGUCGAAAUUCCUGAGAGACCCGAUCGCCACUUCCCUCAACUCCUUCAGCAAAGUCACGAAUUACGUGACGAGUCCUACGUUUUACGACGAGGAGUACCUGUCGUCCCUCCCGGCCCUACACCUCCUGCGACCGCCCGGGUAUGCCGAGCGCGUGAACCGAUCCUCGAGGUCACCCACGCCCGGCGACAACGAGCACCCGGUCAUCGACCCCAUGACCACAUCCAAUAACUUCAAUGUCGUCAAUACCGUUCCACUGCCGCCGCCAGCGUUGCCGCCCAUUCCCUGCACUCAACCCCAGUGUCGUCUUCCGGCGCUUACUCUACAAGAGUUUGAGGACACGUCAGCGGAACUGUCCAUCGAUGACAUCAUUGAACGCAUCUUCAGAGGCGGUUUGAAUGACAAUGACUUUCGACACCGUUUGUGGCCAUUAGUGUUGGGACUGACCGAAGAAGUGACUGAAUUUGAUUGGUCCGCGUUAUCCGAUUUAUACGACAAAUACCACUCGCAAUGGAACUCUAUAUUACCGGAUCAGGAGAUGAGGUUUACCGCAUAUCGCGAAAGGAAGUCAUUGAUUGAACGGGAUGUGAUUCGAUGCGAUCGUUCGCAUGCUUUCUAUAAGGGAACGUCAGAUAAUCUGGAAAAGUUGAGGGCUUUGCUCCUCACAUACACUAUGUAUGACUUCGACACCGGCUAUGUUCAGGGUAUGUCAGACUUGGCGUCGCCUUUGCUGUACGUAAUGGACGGCAACGGAACUAAUUUCGAAAUGUCUCAGUCGUCCAUCAAAUUUCAAUUAGAAAUGUUAUGGAAAUUAAUCGAAUUGACUGAUCCAUGUUUUGCUCAAUAUUUAGCCAAUAAAGAGUCAACGAAUUGCUAUUUCGCCUUUCGAUGGAUUGUAUGUCAAUUCAAGCGAGAGUUCAUGAAAAGCGAAUCCGACGAAUACAACGACUGUCUCAUCCUCUGGGAGAGUAUCUGGACGUCACAUAUAGUCAGGAAAUUUGGCCACAAAUCGGACGACACCACUUCAACCGCGAGCCAACUGCUCACGUGUGACACAAACACUACUGAACCACAGACUAAGACUAUGAUUGGCGGUCACGAAAAGAUCAAUAAGAGUCUGAGCACAGGAGCCCUUAAUUCAAACACUAUAGACGUACCGGACGUGAAGUUCCGUAACGGACCGCACAUGCGAUCAAACAGUUUCCGAACCAAAUCGGAAAGACGUGAACCGCCGAAGACGCCGACUAAGAAGGAGUCGUUGAGUUCUGUUCCCAAAACGCCUGAAAAGCAUUUGACGGACGCCGAGCUCUACUCGCUUUCGAUAUGCCUCUCAAUCAUCAGACGGGAAAGGGAUCUAAUUAUGGCCCAACAAUUGGACGCCACAGAAAUUCUGAAGCACUUCAAUACACUUCAGCUGAAGAGUGAUUUGGAAAACAUAUUACUCCACGCGUCACACAUCUGGUAUUGGCUGACCCACGACUCCGGCGAAUCACUGCUCUAUAAGUCGGAACAGCCCGCCAACGAACCCACCGAAGACUUCGACCUCCUCUGCGACUCUAUGCCCGAUGAGGACUACUAUAUCAUCAACGCGUCGAAUAUCUAAUGCCUAAUCAAUUCAGAUAAUUAUUCACUUAAUUAUCGCUUUAAUUGAAUUUGUUAUUAAAUUAUUGGAUUUUAAUGUUUAACAUUUAAUUAUGGAAAAAGUAUUGUUUCAUUUUGUGAUUAUAUUUAUUUGAUUUUUUAAACAAAAAACCAUACACUUAAAC